AUGAGCCAAGAAAGUAAAGAAAAAGAUGAACCUUGGAAUUGUUUAACUUAUUACGGCUAUGCUUAUCCUUCUUUAACAGAAUUCCGAGCAAGCGAAUAUGUUUCUUCCGCAACUUUUGACGAGCCUAACCACUAUAAAAACUUACAAGAAGAAAUAGAAACUUUCAAAAUUGCUCGCCGUAAUCGACCAACUAAAGAAGAAACUGAAGAAUAUUUAAAGGCUCAAUUGGAUACUUUGCGGCACAAUCUACAGGAAGACGAAAGCGAACUUAUUCACUUGGAUUGGCAAGCUGCUUUGGAGACGCCACGGCAAAGAAGAAUAAUCGCGAACCAAAAAAAGCAACGCCAACAACAUAUUGCUUGGUUACAGAUCCAAAUAAAGGUUAGAGAGCAAAGAAUUGCUCCACAAAAUAUUAGAUCAGAUUUAGACAAACUCAAAAAAGAAAACCAAGAACUCACCGAAAACCUUUUUGUUCUGCAAGAAAAAUCUCGUUUUGAUAGCCGUGAAAUUCAGAGACUUAAGCAAAGAAUUACACAUCUUGAAGAGGAAAAUAACAUUCUGCGUGGACAAUUGGAAGAAAUCCAAAUUAAAGACGCAACCUUGAAAGAAAAAAUUCAGCUCAGGCAAAAUAAGCUAGCAAGACUGAAAAGUAUCAUGGAAAGCAAAUUAGAGACUGACGGUCAAAAAGCUUUUCUUGAUAUUCUUUUGGAUUCACAGGAACAACUUGUUCGUUUAGAGGAUGCACCGCCAUCAAUGCGUUCGUUAAGUGAACGACAAUUAGAGAGAGCAAAGCAAAGGUUAAAUGAAAAUUUGAAUGAUGGAGAAAUUAGUAACCUUUGCCAAGUGCAAGCCGAACUAAUUAGUAAAGUUCAGACUAAUCUUUGCGAUAGUUUAGAAGCCACUUUGGAGAAUAUGGAUAUAGACGGUGAUAAAACAUUUAAAACAUUAAACAAUAUAUAUAAUCUAUUAAAAUUACCUGAAACUGGAAAGCAUACCAUCACAAAAAAACUUGUUCAAGAGUUCUACCAAUUUUUAGCAGCAAGAAAAGACACGUGUUAG